AUGGCUGCUGGCCACGGCCAACCUGCCCCCACGACAAAGAACCAGCUUGGAGAUGCAAGAAAGAUCUCAAACGAAGAGAGCGGUACCGAUCUCGACGAGUCCGAUGCGAUCCUGUUAGCCAUGGGCUACAAGCCUGAAAUGGCACGCAACCGAUCAACGCUCCAAGUCGCUUUCAUGUCAUUUGUCCUGGCCUCUAUUCCUUACGGUCUCGCGACGACCUUCUACUACCCUCUUGUCGGCGGCGGGCCCGCCAACAUCAUCUGGGGUUGGAUUAUGGUUUCGCUUAUCAUCAUCUGUGUUGCUGCCAGUCUGGGUGAGAUUACCUCGGUCUACCCUACGGCUGGUGGUGUUUACUAUCAGACAUUCAUGUUGGCACCCGCCAAGUACAAGAGAGUUCUGUCAUGGAUUUGUGGUUGGGCGUAUGUCGUCGGAAACAUCACCAUCACUCUGGCCGUCAACUUCGGAUCUGCACUGUUCAUUAUUUCAUGUGUAAAUGUGUUUGAGUCGUCGCCUGGUGUCGGCAUCUGGGAAGCCAGCGCUUGGGAGACCUGGUUGGUCUUUGUUGCUAUCACCCUCUUCUGCAACCUCGUUUCUUCUCUCGGCAACAGAUGGUUGGCUUUGAUUGAUACCUUUGCCAUCUUCUGGACUCUCGCUGGUGUAGUCGCCAUCCUUAUCGUUACGCUUGUCAUGGCCAAGGGUGGCAGACGCUCUGGUGAAUAUGUCUUUACCCACUUCGAGCCCCAAUCCGGCUGGACCCCUGGGUGGUCGUUCUGUGUCGGUCUUCUCCAGGCUGCCUACGCAACUUCAUCCACUGGUAUGAUCAUCUCUAUGUGCGAGGAGGUUCAGGAGCCUUCCACUCAAGUGCCCAAGGCCAUGGUUGCAACCAUUUUGAUCAACCUUGGCGCUGGUCUAAUGUUCUUGCUUCCUCUCCUGUUCGUCAUUCCUGAUCUCUCUACCCUUGCUGCUCUCGCAUCCGGUCAGCCUGUCCCUACCAUUAUUGCGACUGCUGUCGGCUCGCCCGGUGGUGCCAUCGGCCUUCUUCUUCCCCUGAUGGUCCUCGGUCUCAUCUGUGGUAUUGGAUGCACUACUGCAGCAUCUCGUUGUGUCUGGGCUUUCUCUCGUGAUGGAGCCAUCCCCGGUAGCAAGUGGUGGAAGCAAGUCAACAACACUACUGCCCUUGAGGGUGUCCCACUGAAUGCCAUGAUGCUCAGCAUGGUCGUGCAGAUUCUGCUUGCUGUCAUCUACUUUGGAUCAGUCGCUGCGUACAAUGCCUUUUCUGGUGUUGGAGUCAUUUGCCUGACAGUCUCUUACGCUAUCCCUAUCGCUACCAACCUUUUCACUGGUCGCAAGCAUGUCAAGGGUGCCGAUUUCUCCCUCGGACCUCUUGGAUUGUUCUGCAACAUUGUCGCGCUCGCCUGGAGUUGUCUUGCUGUACCGUUGUUCUGCAUGCCCACGACCAUUCCCGUCACAGCUUCGCUCAUGAACUAUGCAUCAGUAGUGUUUGUCGCUUUCAUGUCGAUUGCAGGUGCAUGGUACUUCGUGUGGGGCAAGAAGAACUACCAGGGACCGCCGACCCACGAGGACACUAUCCUUGAGGCCAGAGGUAGUAUUUCGGAGGCAAGGAGGAACUCCAAGGCUGCUCACUAG